CGGCGAGGCUGGGCAGAGACGGUGGGACGGGAGGAGGGAAGCCGCGGGCCGCCAGCGGCUGGGGCGGGGGGCGCGGGCCGGUGAGGUGCGCGGCCUCCAGGUCGGACCACCCCGCCCGCACCAGCUCCCCCUUGGCGCUUCCCUUUCCCUCUCUCGCCUCUUUCCCUUCUCUCCCUUCAGUCUCCCCCUUCCUACCCGGUCUCCCUUUCUCCCCCAAAUCCAUCCGCUGCUACACUGAUCGUUUCUGUGGCUUUGUCUUAAAAAAAAAAAAAAAGAAAAAAUAAAAAAAGAAAGAAAGAAAAAAAAAAUCCGAGUAGGUCCGAGGUGCUUUCUCCUGGAGCAGGAGCACAAUCCCUGUUGUGCUCGGGACCAUGGCUGGUUCCUGCAGCUGCCUCCGGGAGGCACCUGGGCCGGGGGUCGCCCGUGCUGCGAGCCCGCAGUAAGUCCAGGUUUGGGGGCACAGAAAGUGACAGGCAAAGGCGCGCGGCGCCGGGCUGGGGCUCGAGGGCCGGACCCGCGAGGAGGCGGGGAGAGGGCCAGCCCAAACUCUCACAGCCUCACUCCCAGUGAUAACCUGCAGCUAUGGAGUCGCCAACCAAGGAGAUUGAAGAAUUUGAGAGCAACUCUCUGAAGUACCUGCAACCCGAACAGAUCGAGAAAAUCUGGCUUCGGCUCCGAGGGCUGAGGAAAUACAAGAAAACAUCCCAGAGGUUACGGUCUUUGGUCAAACAAUUAGAGAGAGGCGAGGCUUCAGUGGUAGAUCUUAAGAAGAAUUUGGAAUAUGCAGCCACGGUGCUUGAAUCUGUGUACAUUGAUGAAACCAGGAGACUUCUGGAUACGGAGGAUGAGCUCAGUGACAUUCAGUCGGAUGCAGUGCCUUCUGAGGUCCGAGACUGGCUGGCUUCCACCUUCACCAGGCAGAUGGGGAUGAUGCUCAGAAGGAGUGAGGAGAAGCCGCGGUUCAAGAGCAUUGUCCAUGCAGUGCAGGCUGGGAUAUUUGUGGAGAGAAUGUAUAGAAGAACAUCAAACAUGGUUGGACUGAGCUACCCACCAGCUGUUAUUGAAGCAUUAAAGGAUGUGGACAAGUGGUCCUUUGAUGUCUUUUCCCUCAAUGAGGCCAGCGGGGAUCAUGCACUGAAAUUCAUUUUUUAUGAAUUACUCACCCGUUAUGAUCUGAUCAGCCGUUUCAAGAUCCCCAUUUCUGCCCUUGUCUCAUUUGUAGAGGCUCUGGAAGUAGGAUACAGUAAGCAUAAAAAUCCAUACCACAAUUUAAUGCACGCCGCCGAUGUUACACAGACUGUGCAUUACCUCCUUUAUAAGACAGGAGUGGCGAACUGGCUGACAGAGCUGGAGAUCUUUGCUAUCAUCUUCUCAGCAGCCAUCCACGACUAUGAGCACACCGGAACCACCAACAAUUUCCACAUUCAGACACGGUCUGACCCUGCUAUUCUGUACAACGAUAGGUCUGUAUUAGAAAAUCACCAUUUAAGUGCAGCUUAUCGCCUUCUGCAAGAAGAUGAGGAAAUGAAUAUUUUGAUCAACCUCUCAAAGGAUGACUGGAGGGAGUUUCGGACCUUGGUCAUUGAGAUGGUGAUGGCUACGGACAUGUCCUGUCACUUCCAACAGAUCAAAGCAAUGAAGACUGCUUUGCAACAGCCAGAAGCAAUUGAAAAGCCGAAAGCAUUAUCUUUGAUGUUGCACACGGCAGACAUUAGCCAUCCCGCAAAAGCAUGGGAGCUCCAUCAUCGCUGGACAAUGUCACUCCUGGAGGAAUUCUUCAGACAGGGUGACAGAGAAGCAGAGCUGGGGCUGCCUUUUUCUCCUCUGUGUGAUCGAAAGUCAACGAUGGUUGCUCAGUCGCAAGUGGGUUUUAUUGAUUUCAUUGUGGAGCCCACCUUCACUGUGCUCACGGACAUGACUGAGAAGAUUGUGAGCCCUUUAAUUGAUGAAACCUCCCAAACUGGCGGGACCGGACAGAGGCGUUCAAGUUUGAACAGCAUCAGUUCAGCGGAUGCAAAGCGGUCGGGUGUGAAGAGCACUGGCUCGGAAGGUAGCGCCCCCAUCAACAGUUCUGUCAUCCCCGUUGACUAUAAGAGUUUUAAGACGACUUGGACUGAGGUGGUGCACAUCAACCGGGAGAGAUGGAGGGCCAAGGUGCCCAAAGAGGAGAAGGCCAAGAAGGAAGCAGAGGAAAAAGCUCGCCUGGCUGCAGAGGAGAAGCAAAAGGAAAUGGAAGCCAAAAGCCAGGCUGAAGAAGGCGCAGCUGGCAAAGCCGAGAAAAAGACAUCUGGGGAAGCUAAGAAUCAAGUCAAUGGAACGCGCACGAACAAAAGCGACAACCCUCGUGGGAAAAAUUCCAAAGCUGAGAAGUCCUCAGGAGAAAAACAACAGAAUGGUGACGUGAAAGAUGGUAAAAAUAAGACAGACAGGAAGGAUCAAUCCAAUGUCGGAAGUGAUUCAAAGAAAACAGAUGGCACAAAGAAGCGCUCUCAUGGCUCACCAGCCCCAAGCACUAGCUCCACAAGUCGCCUCACCUUGCCAGUCAUCAAGGCUCCUCUGCGCCAUUUUAAACGCCCUGCUUACGCAUCUAGCUCCUACGCACCUUCAGUCCCAAAGAAAACCGAUGACCAUCCUGCGAGGUACAAGAUGCUGGAUCAGAGGAUCAAAAUGAAAAAGAUUCAGAAUAUCUCCCAUAACUGGAACAGAAAGUAGGUCACGGGGAAGAGAGGGAGUAAAGGAGAGGCCCACUCCUCUGCCUGUCGGCUCUCACCAGCCAGAGUGGGAUACGCUUCCAAGAUCCUUGGAGGCUUUGGGGGCUGGUGCUUUUGUAGUCAACUCCAGCGAGGCAAAGUGAAGGCCAUGUGUGACUCUCCCCUUUGUCUUUUUUUAUGGACCCAUCCAUCACUGGAUCUGGGAGUCAACACAGACUCCAGCAGUAAGAGGGUAGUCUCAUACGGCUUUUAUUUGUAUGGGUCUUUCAAAAUCUAAAUCAGACCCCAGUUAAAAUGAUGUAUCCUCUUUAGAAAAUUCCUCCCACUGACACUUCUUUUAUCCCUAGAAGUUGACUUGCCUCGGUAAGAAUAUUGUUAAAAUAAUCAUCGUAUUUAAGAAAUGCACUUUUGGGGUGCCUGGGUGGCUCCUUCAGUUAAAGCCUCUGCCUUCGGCUCAGGUCAUGAUCCCAGGGUCCUGGGAUCGAGCCCCACAUGGGGCUCUCUGCUCAGUGGGGAGCCUGCCCCCCCACCUUCUGCCUGCUUCUCUGUCUACUUGUGAGCUCUCUCUGUCAAAUAAAUAAAUAAAAUCUUUAAAAAAUGCACUUUUAAAAACAGCUUUUCCAAUUUUAAACACAAUAGGAAAAGAUGUUUUUAGAAGUACAUUCCUUAAAUACGGUGACUAUGACAAUAUUUGAAAUUCAGGCAAAUGUGUAACUUUCAAAGUAAACCCAUUAAAAUUAAAAGUUCUGUUUCUGAAUGUGACAAUCACAGAGGGAUAAGACUGAUGAACAGUUGAGUUCACGGAGAAUUCUGAACUGAGGCUCCACAAAACAGAUACAAGUCAAAAAUAAAGACCCUUGCUUUGGUUGUCAUUGGAUGCUUCUUGCCCGGUGGCCUCAUUUUGUACCUUUAGAGUCGUGAGAGUUUGCAGAAGACACAUUUUGGCUCUACUUCUUCUAAUUUGUUACUUUCACUUACAGUUGACGAUGCUAGAAAUCAAUGGGAUGCCCAUACCUCAGAGACUCCAGGUUUGAGAUCUGCCCCAGGAGAUGUCCCUUUGGUCUUGUGGGCCUGGGGCAGGAGGGUGGAAAUUCCUGAACCUAAUUUGAAUCCCUUCCUUGCAGAUUUUUGUCCAUUAAUUGGACAAGUUGGAGAUACCUCUAAGUUAAAUUCCAGAUCAGUUUCCCAGCAGACCCUAUAGCUGUGGCCCUUGGGGAUCUCAGUUUCUCUCACAGGUCUUGCUGGAACGGAAGUCGAUAACUCACCUCUCUUCACUGUGGCAUUUUUAGCUCUUCGGAAUCUCUCCUGGACUUUUGACUUUGGGACUAAAAUCACACAAAAUGGUAAGGAAACAUCCAAGGCCAGAAAUAGUUUUUGAUCCCUUCAGAAAUGCUCUGGUGCGGUGGAAAACUUUAGGUUUACUGUCCAGCGGGCCUGAUCGCCAGUCCUGUCUUGUCUAUAACUAGCUGCAUUUCCUCAGUCUAAUGGCAUAAUCUUUAAAAGCCUAAGUUUGCUAAACUAGAAAGUGGGCAUAUACCCACGACCUUUUGUGGGGAAAACUGAGGAUAACAUAGGUUUGGAUUGUUAUCACUGAACUUAAUGAGUGACCGGAGCUCAACCAGUGUGACGAGGAGCCUUCCACGUCCAGAAAGGACUCUCAGGCACCCCUGCAAAGAAAGAGCUGUGCACGGACGGUCCCAGCAUCUGCGGUCUGAUUCUAAAGGGUUUCGUGUGCUCUCCUUCCCCCUCUUGCCCCAGCUCCCUUCCCCAAACCUCAGUUAUGCAAGCUGAGCCAGCUCCAGAGUUUAGGGCCCACCAUGCUACUGAACAAUUUACUUACAACAUGCUUGACGAUGGUAUUUCAGGGAAAUUUAACUACUCUACCAAAAGAAAAAUCACUGUGACUUUUGGUUAGGAAAGCAAUUGCA